AUGACUAAAGAUGCUGACUCUGGAUGGAGGAUGGCAGCAAAAACACCAAAUCCUGCAAAGAGCCGGGCUGAACCCUCACUCACCAGGAAGCAGGUACGUAAAUUCCAGGAGAAAAGUUGCACUUCCAGCUCGUCCCCAUGGAACAAACCCACCCUCAGUGGGCUCCAGGACAUUGAAGACUCAUCACACAGCUGUCCGGUCCGGAGCGGAGCUGCAUCAAAGCCUGAUCUAAAGCCAAUGCAGACUCUGACUGAGUGCCUGCAACUUCUACGUACACUGGCAGAGGAGAUCAACAACAUCAACCAGUGUGGCAGUAAGAAGGCUGCACCACAGGGGAGCACCAAAGAGCCAGGGAGCCUGGAGAGCAGCAGGACUCUGAUCCUCCAGUGGGCCCAGGAGCUGGAACUAAACAUGGUUAAAAAGGGAACCAAGCCAACAGAUGAAAAGAAAAAACAAAGAGACGAUCCAGAAAAAAAAGAGAAAACAGAGCUGCAGAAACACAACGAUAAGCUUCAGCAGUGGGCAGUGGAGCUGAGCAAAAUCAAAGAGGCUAACGGUGUGUCUGAUGAAGAGCUGAAGAAGCUGCUGUAUCCCAGAGGACAGAAGGAGUCGAGGAUGGCCGCCAUCCUGCCAAUGCUGGAGUUUGUGGCUUGGUCCCUGCUAUCAGAGGAUACUGAGGAGGCUGUAUCGAUGCGCUGGUUGCCAACUAAGCAAAAGGCCUGGAGGACAGGAACUGGAAGCCCCAGAUACAUACCUAACUCAGUGUGGCAGUGGAUUCAGAGUGCUUCAGUGUCUGUCCGGCUGGACGUCAGCACCAGCCACUCCUGGCUGGCGGUGUCCUCAGACCGCCUGCAGGUCCAGGAGGCAGCGAUGCGCUCCGCUGAUCUCUCAAACAGCAGCCAACGUUUUGCUGAGUGGCCCUGCGUGCUGGGUGACGCCACCAUCACUGCAGGGAGACACUACUGGGAGGUGGAGGUGUCCCCUAAUGGGAGCUGGAGAGUAGGCGUGAUGUCAGAGUGUGCUCCCAGGAAACAAAAGCCCACCAUGUCACCCAGAACAGGAUUCUGGGUCCUGUGGAAGGGCUCCAGUCUGUGGGCCUGUACAGACGAGCCCACCAAGCUGCAGAAGGCGGCCGUGCCCCGACUGAUCGGGGUGUAUGUGGAUGUCAGAGAGGGUCAGGUGUCUUUUUACGACGUGGAUCGAAGGGUUCACAUUUAUACUUUCUCUGACACCUUCAGACACAGUCUCGUCCCUGUGUUUGGCUGCAUGAGUGGACACUCUGUCCUUAAAAUCAUACCAGCACAGACGUCAGACAGAAAGAUGUAAAAAUGUUUCUCUGACCAGAUGUUGGUCGUAGAAUAAGAAUAUGGAUCGAUUCGCUACUUUAAAAUGACGAGUAGCUUUUAAUAUAAUGGAUUCAAAUUCUGACUUUGUCAUUUAUCACUGUAUCUUUUCUUUAUAACUGCACUUUCCAGUGUCUGCACUUUGUUACAUUAAAUAAAACAAGAUGAAUAAAACAGUGUUUGAUAGCAUUCCCUUUAACAGAACCUGCUUCACACUGACACACUUCCAAACACUCUCAGUGGU